AAGGCCCUUCUCGCUUUAAAGAAGGUUUCUGGCCAUAGCUCAGAGGCUCAAAUAGUAGUUUUUUGGCCAGUUCUUCAAAAUUAUAGCAUUAUUAAUAAGCUUGGAGCUAUUAUAAGCAAUAAUGCUUUUACGAAUAAUGUUCUUUGUCAUACGGUUCAAAAGAAGCUAAAGGAUACGCUUGGCUUGAAUUAG